AUGGCUUUUACUACAGUCGGGGACCACCACCCAGACCCCGAUCAGCAAGACCCCUUACCACCCCAAACCUACAACAAGGGCUACGCCGUCAGCGGCAAGAUCAUGCUCAGUGCCAUCAUCAUCCUCUUCUUCGUCGUCAUCCUCAUGGUCUGCCUCCACCUCUACGCUCGCUGGUACCUCCUCCGCGCCCGCCGCCGCCAUCUCCGUCGCAACCGCCGCAAUCGCCGAACCCACAUCAUGUUUCACGAGGACCCAUACGCCGCUACCCUUUCUACCCCCACACGCGGCCUCGACGCCUCCAUCCUCAACUCCCUCCCCGUCUUCGUCUACUCCUCUAAAUCGACUGAAACAACGCAGUUUCGUGAGCAGCCGAUUUUGGAGUGCGCCGUCUGCUUGUCCGAGUUCGAGGACGGCGAGAAGGGCCGAUUGCUUCCGAAAUGUAAGCACAGCUUCCACAUCGAGUGUAUUGACAUGUGGUUCCACUCUCACUCGACGUGCCCCCUUUGUCGGGCCCCGGUGGAACCGGGUCCGGAGUCGGAAACCAGGGCCGACGUGGUUUUGAAUGUUUGCGAACUGGAAGGGGGUGAACCGGGUCCGAGUUCGGAGCUGUGCUCCGAGUGUUGUAAUUCCGAAACUACGUCGUCGGGCUCGCGGAUAAAACCGCUGGACAUCGUGGUUCCGAGAAGGAACGAGAGUUUUGGGAGGGGGGAGGACUCGGGCCGCGGUGACUCGCCGGCGUUCAGGUCACCGAUGAGUCGGAUGCUGUCGUUUACGAGAAUGCUCAGCAGAGACAGACGAAACGGCGGCGUUUCUCCAUCGGGAGGGAACGCGGGCGGUUGUAGUUCGGUGGCCGAGUCGGAGGAUAUCGAGGUCGGUGGACGACGAGAGACUCGGAAAGAGUAG